AACUAUAUUGCUGCGUGUCCUGGCGGGGUGGAGGGUGGUCGCCAGGCGUAACAAUUUGUAAAUUGGCCAUUGGUUUUAAUUCCACAAUUUUUGGCUCCUAAAUAUGGAAAUGUUGUGUGAACCUUUUAUGUGUAUGUGAUUUUUUUUCACCAUUAACCUGUCUCACUAACAAAAAGGAAAAAAGAUUCCAUCCGAACAUUUUGAAGCAGCUGACAGACACCGAGAGGCGCCGCGUGUUGACAUUUUGAGUCCACGUGUUGAUUGCGUCACGUGCCACUCCUACGCCAUAUUACUCCAUUUAUCACUCCAAUGUUGAGUCCUAUUGAAGAAACAGAUGCCCAGACGUAUUUCACUCCGGCGGAAUGGAACUGCAUGGUGACUAUAGAGAAGAACAGAGUCACUAAUAUGCUCAGGAACUACAAAUGUCUUCUGGCUCAAGGUAUCGAUGCCAAGCCACCAGACUUCGUUCUGAGAUACGAGAACCGCAAGAAACAGCAGCUCAAGAUGACGGAAAUGUACAAAAGCCAGAUGAGUUUUAUGAAAUCACCUGCAGCCAAUGCCAACACUGGCUGGGAAGUGAGUCAGGGACAGGCCUCAUAUGGCACAUAUUGGCAGGCAGGUGAAGACAGUUUAUCCCCAGAUGAUAUGAAUUCUAUGAAGGAAAACAUCCCAUGGAAAAGUGAAUCAACAAACUGUGAUGAAAACUGUUCAGACUUCUGUCAGUACUGCUAUAUAUUCAAACAUCUGAAAUAUGAUGAGUAUGCAAGCAACUCUUUAAGUCCUGAGGAUUAUUGUAUGAGCACCAUGAGUAAUGAGAGUGAAAUGCUGCCUUUAAGGCCUUCCAAUAGCAUGGCAUGCAGCUACUACCAGUGUAAUUGUCAGUUCCCUAUCAAAACAAAACCCAUUCCAUGCAAACAACAACAGACUAAUGACAUUUAUUGUGAAGAGUGCGGCCAAACAUUUGCCAAGCAGAAAUACCUCAAGAACCACCUCAAGCGCUUCUCCCUCUCCAGUGACAGCCGUCCAUACAAGUGCAUGUUCUGCAGCCACUCAUUCGCUCACGAGAAGAACCGCAAAUUCCAUGAGCGCAUUCAUGGCACCAGCAGAGUGAUCCCAUGCUGCCAUUGUGCUCAGAACUUUGCAGACCUCACCAGUGCAAGGCUUCACAUAGAGGAGAGCCACCGGGAUAAGAUACACGCCUGCAACGAGUGCGGGAUGAGCUACUCAAACUCAAGUCACCUCAUGCGGCACAAGAGGGAGGUUCGCAAACAGUGCUACUCCCACCAGUGCCGUCUCUGUGGCCACCGGUACUUGACUGCCAUCGCUCUCGCCAGGCACGAGGUGCACCACAGCAGAGUGAAGCCGUACAAGUGUAAAACAUGCCUCAAGACAUUUUCCUCUAAGACUCACCUGACGAAGCACUUGAAUGCUCGCAACAUGGAGAGGAAGUACGAGUGUCCGAGCUGCAAGGUGAAGUUUUUGGCCUACAAGAGUCUGAAGAAGCACGAGAGAGUGUUUAAUAGUAACCGGCCCUUCAAGUGUGCAGUGUGUGGCCAUGCUUACAAUAGCAAGCCUCGCCUCACCAUUCAUAUGAAGGUGCACUAUGCAGAACAGAGUUAUAUUUAUGGGGAUGAUAAUUGUGUGGCCUGUUAACUAUAUACAGAGGUGUUCAUUAUAGUAUUUGUAUGAUUUUCAUUUAAAAGUAUUGUGCAGAGAAGAGUUAUAUCUAUGGGAAGGAGAAUUGUGUGGCCUGUUAACUAAAUACAGGAGUCCAUAUUGGUAUUUGUGGUAGUAGUAUUGCACAAGUCUCAUGAGGCACACCAUUAAGCCUUCCUCUCCUCCCAGCAGGUAAAGAAGCCAAGUAAUCUACCAGGUUGAAUCUCAGGAAAGUAUUUUUUGGAAGGUUCUUGCUGUGUCAGUAUUUAACCUCUUAUUGUGUCCUCAGGGUUUAACUUUAACAGGUAAUUUAUAAUGAUAUCAGCAUCACCCAAAUGUACAGACAAUUUAUAUUAAGGAAAACUGGGAUUUAUAAAAGGAGCCAAUAUUAGAUCUAGGAAAGUCAUCUCUGCUGUGAUUUAGGGAUUUUAUUUUAAGGUUUGGCAUUAUUGAUUUCAAAUACAUAGACUAAAUCCAGUAGCUGAUACAAAAAAAAGCAGGCAUCCUUAUUUUUUUAAUGUCUGCAUAUGUAAGCAUGUGUUUUAUCUAUUAUAUAUUCUCUUUUAUGGUUAACCUGUAAAUGAAGUGAUGUGUAUUUGAACGGUGUGUGUGUGUGUGUGUGUGUGUGUGUGUGUGUGUGUGUGUGUGUGUGUGUGUGUGUGUGUGUGUGUGUGUGUGUGUGUGUGUGUGUGUGUGUGUUUUAUUUAUUUCUUUACAUGAAAGAUCAGUUAUUUAUUUUCUUCACACAUGAAGGAAACUGCUCUGUUCCUACAUUUCUCCCAUUUUCAUUCAUUAUUAUUACUUUCUGCGAUAUUCAUGGUUUUUCCUCACAUUCAAUUUUAAUUUUUUUUUUUUUUUUUAAGAUUCUCAUAAUAUGCCUAUAACGUAAAAUAUAAUGAUGAACAAGAAGGUGGAUGGAUAACAGAAUAUCUUGCCAUUACUUCAUGUAUGGAUCAGUAAUGCUAAAUCUACUUAAGUAUUUUAGUGUUCAUUGGUUUAUUUUGCCUAGAAUUCUUAAACUUUGGUUGAGAUAAGUCUCUCUCUCUCUCUCUCUCUCUCUCUCUCUCUCUCUCUCUCUCUCUCUCUCUCUCUCUCUCUCUCUCUCUCUCUCUCUCUCUCUCUCUCUCUCUCUCUCUCUCUCUCUCUGUUACCUAGUAUUUUGGUAUAGCAAUAAGUGGAAGAUGUCAUAUAGUGCCUUUUACCAAAGUGGCAAUGGGAGCAUAUUUGACUUCAUUUGUUAAUGUUUCUUAAUGAUAUAAUACAUUUGAAAAGCCUCA